AUGGGUGAGGUCUACGUCGACCGGAAUGUUGACCACGAUUUUGAGGAAGUAUCUAACCCCGUUGCCCCGGAAGCCGUCCGGAUCGUCGAAGUGAAUGAUGGCGACGCCGAUCACACCUUCUCCCUAAAUGAAGCAGCGCUCGAGAAGGUGCUUCUCGACAAAAGAUACGCAGACAAAAAGGUCGCCGUGAUCGGUGUCGCUGGCGCCUACAGGAAAGGAAAAUCCUUUCUUCUCAAUUUCUUCCUGCGAUACCUCGAGGCUUUGGAGCGAAAUGACGGUCAAAAAGAGGGCAACUGGAUGCAGCCGGAAACACCGCUCAAGGGCUUCUCGUGGCGCGGCGGCAGCGAGCGUGAAACGAACGGAAUUCUGAUUUGGGAACGUCCGUUCAUCGUCAAGGAUUUGCACGGCGAGGAGAGCCUCAUCUUCCUGGUGCGCGACUGGAGUUUCCCCUACGAAGCGGAAUUCGGGUUCAAUGGCGGCCAACGGACACUAGAGAAGCGAUUACAAGUUUCCGACAAGCAGCACCCGGAGCUCCAGCAAUUGCGCACACACAUCCGGGCCUGUUUCGACGACAUUCAGUGCUUUUUGAUGCCACACCCCGGGCUGAAGGUGGCUACGAACCCCAAUUUCGAUGGGAAGCUGACUGAUAUCGAACCCGAAUUCCAACACUCGCUGCACGCCCUGAUCCCGCGCAUCCUCGACGGGGCCAACCUGGUGCUGAAGGACAUCAAUGGGGGCAAAGUGACUUGCCGCGAGCUCGUCGAGUACUUCAAGGCCUACAUGAAGAUCUUCCAGGGCCAGGAGCUGCCCGAGCCGAAAUCUAUGCUAAUUGCGACUGCCGAGGCAAACAAUUUGGCUGCAGUCUCCAGCGCACGGGCGCUCUACAGCCGUAAUAUGGAAGAGGUGUGCGGUGGUGACAAGCCGUACAUGUCCACCUCCGAGCUGGGAGUGGAGCACGAGCGCUGCAGAAACGAGGCCAUUCGGGAAUUCCGAAAUGCGCGCAAGAUGGGUGGCGCCGACUUCAGCAUGCAAUUCCUUGACCGAUUGGAGCAGGACAUCGGGGAGACCUUCGAGAACUUCAAGAAGUCGAACGAGGGCAAGAACCUGUUCAAGUCGAUGCGUACGCCUGCAGUGCUCGUGUCGAUGAUGAUCGUCGACUACAUCAUCCAGCAGUUCUUCUACCUAAUUGGCUGCGACGGAAUCGCCGGCAUUUUCUCGUCCGUGUUCAUGAUCGUGCUGUUCGCUCUCUCCGCCUGGGCCUAUUCCCGUUAUUCGGGCAACCUUCGCGAAGUCGGUGGACAUGUGGACGAGGCGGUGAACUGGCUGUGGCGUGAGUUCAUCUCACCCAACACGCAGUACAUGGGCGCCCUCGGCGGUGCUGUGCAGCUGGGCGAGCAGCUCCAGAACGCGUCUCAACCGGCUCGGACAGAUCGUAAAAAUCGC